AUGGAAUUCGGCGCGCGGCAGCAGCAGCUUUUCAAUCUGCAUCUGCCGCCGCCUCCGAGCACCAAACGAUGCCCACGCCCGGCACCGUCGACGGCGAGAGCAGCUUGGCCGCGCUCCCGACACCCCGCUGUUGGUCUCCUCCGCUGGUCGUCACGUCGUCCUAGCCUGGCGGCGCUGCAGGUCACCGUCUCCUCGACCACGAACGCCGCUCGUUCCUCUGAGGCCAUCUGCUUCAAGAACAUCAUCCGGGACACGAAAUUGCCAAGGGCGGGCAAGUUUUUCGAGCUGGAGAUGACGGUCCGUGACUGCGACCUCGACAUGUACGGGGUCGUGAACAAUGCCGUAUAUGCUAGCUACAUCGAAACAGCUCGGGAAGAGGUUGCUUCGAGGCUUGGCAUCGGCAGAGACUCGAUCGCACGCACUGGCAACGCUAUGGCACUCUCCGAGCUGAAACUCAACUACUUCACGCCUCUAAAGCGUGGCGCUAGGUUCGUUGUUAUGGUGAGGGUCAUCCAAAUCAAGCGCGCGCGGAUGGUCAUCGAGCACUUCAUCGAGACGCUGCCGGAGCGCAAGCUCGUCCUGGAAGCGAUGGCCACCGUGGUCUUCCUCAACAAAGACUACCGUCCGACGCGCGUGUUCCCGGAGGUGGCGUCUAAGAUGCUGCUGCACUUCUUCUAA